AUGGGUAAUGCAAUCUCUCCAUGUUUCCAGCAAAACUCCAUGAGAUCUUCAGUGAAGGUAAUCUUCUGGGGAGGAGAAACAAAGAUUCUCAACGGCAAACACAUAGCCGGAGAGAUCAUGUUUGAUUCCCCGGACAAAAUGGUUUGCCAUGCUGAUUCAUUCUUCAUCGGCCACCCCAUCCCGGCUCUAGCCAUCAACGACGACCUCAUGCCUGGUCAAACUUACUUCGUUCUUCCCAUCGAUCGUUUCGCAUGCAAUGUUCUUUCAGCUUCAUCUCUCGCAGCCUUCAGUUCUUCUUCGUCCUCCAAACCCAUAAUCAACUUCGACAGCCAUUGUCGUCCCUUCGAAUACAUAAAGGGCGAAAACGGUAGGGUUUUAAUCAAGGUAGUGCCCGAGUUCAUCACUAGGCUUAUACAGAGAGGGAAAGAGGUUGAUCAUCAUGAAGAUGGAUCCGCCAGUCCGUUGCUUUGCAGCACGCCGGAGUUGAAGAAGCAGUACGAUUUGCUGGUGGGUUCAAGGGAUCAAGUUUGGUCGCCGAAGCUUGAGCCGAUCUCCGAGUACAAAAAUUAG